AUGGCUUCCUUCGCCGUUCUGAAUGUUAUCACGGCGGCGCUGCUUCUAAUCUCCGCCUCGGCCAACUCUCCCCUACCAUCUCCAGCGCCAAGCCCAGAAUCACCGCCGUGGAAAUGGACUCCCGAUACAGAUUCGCCGUCAUCUCCACCAGAGAUGGAGCCGCCUUCGCCGUCAGUAUCUCCACCGGAGCUCAGCCCCGUUCCGUCAUCCGACACCCCGACUUCGCCGCCAGAUGCUAACCCACCAACAUUGUCGCCGGCCGCUCUACCGCCGGCGGUGAAGAGUCCCGUUCACGCGCCGUCGCCGUCGAAAACGAAAGCACCAGCUCCUGCUCCGUCCAAAAUGAGUUCGACGCCGGCCAGGGCGCCGAAAUCAUCUGCUGCUCCAGUGAGUAGUCCUCCGGCGCCAAAUGGGGAGAUGGAACCACCGACGCCAUCCGUAGCUCCGACAGCGCCGAAGGCGGAAAACGGCGGCGCUGCAAACAGAUUCGCCAUUGGUGGGACAGUUGCAUUUGGAUUAAUGGCGGCGGCUUUAAUCGCUUAA